GUUCAUCUUCCUCACUCCACUCCACUGUAUUAGGGUUUUGCAGAGUUCCACCAUUUUUCUCCACAAUCGUACUUCGCUUCACACCAGAGACAAUGAACUGGACCUCCAUAUGAUGCAGCAAUCUUCACAAUACCAUUCUUCACGGUACGCUAUUUUCCCCCUUUCACCUUUUCCUCCUUGCUCUUCUGGGUUUUCGACUCAAUGAGCAUCCAUCAACUCGCCAACAAAACCGCCUUCUGGAACCUUCUACAGCAAGGAAACACCAUUCCACUACUGGGAAUUUUUUGUCAUUUGCUCAUUUCACACUUGCAGAGAUGAUGGGUUGGAAUUCAAACCAUGAAUUUGUUAGCCCGUUUAGGUCCAAAGAUGGUCCAUAGAUUAUCUCAUUGUUUGAUUAUUUCGCGGCGAUUAUGCGACCGUCCGUUUGGCGGUGAUGGGUUUGAAUGUGUUGAGGAGCCUUUGAAAAAACUAGGUUCAGAUUAUGAUUCCUCUGUGGAUGAAUGGUUCCAGUUGAAUGAGGAGUCGAGCGGUAACCAAAAACCCUUUUCACUUCGAAAAGGGUUCUUAGAAAGUGUUAAGUUAGAUGCUAAGAGAGUCCUUGAGAUACUGAGACAAGAUGGUCCUGGUCUUGAUGCUAGGGUGGUUUUAGAUGAGUUGCAGGUUAGGCCAUCGGGGCUUCUUGUGAGGGAGGUUCUCGUUGGAAUUUUGAAGAGCAUUAAUCAUGAGAAUAGGACUAGGUGUGCAAAGCUGGCCUACAAGUUUUUUGUGUGGUGUAGUCAGCAGGAGGCUUAUCAGCACACUGCGAAUGCGUAUCACUUGAUUAUGAAUAUAUAUGCUGAGUGUGAGGAGUAUAAGGCGUUGUGGAGGUUGGUUGGUGAGAUGAUUGAGAAAGGGUUUCCGGCUACUGCUCGUACUUUCAAUAUUUUGAUUCGUACUUGUGGUGAGGCAGGCUUGGCGAAGGAUUUGGUGGAGACGUUCAUAAAGUCGAAGACGUUCAACUAUAGGCCUUUUAAGCACUCCUACAAUGCAAUCCUACACAGUCUUCUAGUUUUAAACCAGUACAAGUUGAUUGAGUGGGUUUAUCAACAGAUGCUGCUUGAUGGUUUUUCCUCAGAUAUUUUAACUUACAAUAUUGUCAUGUAUGCCAAGUACAGACUUGGGAAGUUGGACCAGUUCCAGAUACUGUUUAAAGAGAUGGGCAGAAAUGGAUUUUCUCCAGAUUUUCAUACCUACAACCUCCUUCUUCACUUUCUCGGUAAAGAGGACAAACCGCUCGCAGCUGUUAAUCUUUUAAAACAAAUGAGAGAAACUGGUAUAGAGCCAACUGUGCUUCAUUACACCACGUUGAUAGAUGGAUUGAGCAGAGCAGGAAAUCUGCAUGCUUGCAAACAUUUUUUUGAUGAAAUGAUAAAGAACGGGUGCAUGCCAGAUGUGGUGGCUUAUACUGUAAUGAUAACAGGAUAUGUAGUUGCUGGUGAACUUGAGAAAGCACAGGAAAUGUUUCAUGAGAUGAUUUCUAAAGAACAAGUGCCAAAUGUUUAUACAUACAAUUCCAUGAUCCGGGGAUUAUGUAUGGCAGGAAAAUUUGAUGAAGCAUGCUCAAUGCUCAAGGAAAUGGAGACCAAAGGUUGUAGUCCAAACUCUGUUGUCUAUGUUUCACUACUGAGUUGUUUGCAGAAUGCUGGAAAGGUUGCUAAUGCUCGUGAAGUGAUGAGACAGAUGAUGGAGAAGGGGAAGUAUGCCCACUUGCUUUCAAGGUUCAAGGGGUAUAAAACAUAGAUGUAAGUUAGACUUUCACAUUGGAUAUGUUAACUCAUGGGGCAUCAACUUUUUAUCUGGUUAGCUAAGAUCAAUUACCUGCUGCUUAUUCAGCUGGUUGGAUGCUGGAAAAAUAAAGUAUGUGGUGUCCCCCUUUUCCCUGAUAUACAUUCUUUCUACAGAGUCACUGACAUGUAAACCUGUAUGCCUAUUUUUUUUUUAUAAUAUAAGAUCAAUAUCUCUUGUUCAUUA